UCCUCGCCACCAGCUUUUGCCAAUUUGAUUGGAUUCAGUUGGGCAAAAUUUGGCCUUAGUCAGUCAGUCGUGCACCGUUCAGCUCGGGUCUUGUGAUUUGCUGGUUGGUUGACCAAAACUUGAAAGAAGCUAAAAAAGUGAGAAAUAAUCAGCGAUUCCAUAAUAAUAAAUAAUACCAUAUAAUUCCGAGCUGACCGUGGAAUAUUUGUGCUCAACCUUAAUUUAAAAUAAUCCGGCUAUUUUUUCCUGUGGUCAUUGUGCAUAACUUGAAUUAAUAUAACUGUGUAUGUGUGAUGGCGUUUCUGCGAUCCAUUUGUGCUCAGCGUGCUACGUCAAGUUUAGGAUAUAGUAGCAAUAAAAACAAUAGAAGCGCAACCUCUCUGUGGAGAGUGGGUGAGAAAAAUAUAACUGCAACAAUAACCACAUCGGCAGGAUCAAAAGAUUAUCAAGAUACACCGAUUGUGAUUGAUCGCAGUCAAGACGACUUAUCGCAUUCUGCAACAUCAAAACAUCGUCAGCCUACCGGACGGCAUCAGCGAAAUCAUCAACUUCUCAGCAAUAUAAUAUUUUCUCCAUCAUAUACCUCCCGUCACACACUAUUUACAAAAAGUCCACUCUCUCGCUCUGUAGUAGCUGCGAGACAAGAAGCCGAGCCCGAAGUAAAACGUCCACGCUCUCACAAACCGCCACAUCAGCAACCAAAUGUUCCAGUUAAUCCUCAACGUGACCCGCUGGAUGUCGGUUUUAACGAUCCUAUCGCGGCAUUCAAGAGCAAAACAACAUGGGAGUUAAUACGCGCAUAUUUGGUGUAUACCGUUUGCUCCAUUGAACCUGUGGUGGAAAAUAAUCUUAAGCUUAUGAAAAUCACCAACACUUUGCUCGGUGAUAAAUUGUUUACAAUGCUGAUGAAGGCUACAUUUUAUGGACAUUUCGUAGCUGGCGAAGAUCAAGUCAAAAUAGUCCCAACACUUGAGAGGUUACGUUCGUUUGGCGUCAAACCAAUUCUCGAUUACUCUGUGGAGGAAGAUCUCUCUCAAGAGGAAGCUGAAAAGCGCGAAGUUGAAUCUUCAGUAUCCAGCGCUGGAGACGUUCAAGAUGACGGUACGAUAGCAAAAUAUCACGUUGAAAAAUCUUUCGCUGACCGUCGUUAUAAAGUGAGCAGUGCUAGGACAUAUUUCUAUUUAAAUGAAGCUACUUGUGAGCGAAAUAUGGAAAUAUUUAUAAAAUGUUUGGAAGCUGUUUCAGGCGCCACCUUUGGUACAGGAAUCACUGCAAUUAAACUUACCGCACUUGGACGUCCUCAAUUGUUGCUGCAAGUGUCGGAAGUAAUUAUGCGGACUCGCAAAUACAUGGAGGACUUAGUCGGCGGACAGGGAAAUGUCCUAACCCAUCACAAGACAAUUAAAGACCUAGAAAAGUACUAUUCUAGUUUGGGUGAUAACAAGAAUGUACAGGAUUUCUUGAAAAAUGUUACUUCGGACAAGGAAGGUAUUUUGCACUUGUUCCCUUGGUCGGGUAUUGUGGAUGAAGACUCCCAAUUGAGUGACACUUUCCGUGUACCAGAUCCACACACAGGACAAAUGCGUCGAUUGAUCUCACAAAUUCCACCAAAGGAAGAGGAAAUGUUUAGAAAUAUGAUUCGUCGUGUCAAUACUAUUGUAAAGGCUGCAGCCGAUUUAGAUGUCCGUAUUAUGAUUGACGCAGAACAGACAUAUUUCCAGCCUGCGAUUUCGCGCAUUACUCUGGAAAUGAUGCGCAAAUACAAUAAAGAGAAGGCCAUAGUAUUCAAUACCUAUCAGUGUUACUUAAAGGAGACUUUCGGAGAGGUUUGCACUGAUCUACAACAAGCAAAAAGACAGAACUUUUAUUUCGGUGCAAAAUUGGUGCGAGGUGCUUACAUGGAGCAAGAGCGCGAGCGAGCUGCGAGCAUGAACUACCCUGACCCAAUAUGCACCAAUUAUGAGGCAACCACAGACAUGUAUCACAAAACAUUAACUGAAUGUCUAAGGAGAAUAAAGUUAUUGAAGGACAGUGGAGAAGAUGCCAAAAAAAUUGGUAUCAUGGUAGCAUCUCACAACGAGGACACUGUACGCUUUGCCAUCGAAAGAAUGAAGGAAAUUGGAAUCUCUCCCGAAGAUAAAGUCAUCUGCUUUGGUCAAUUACUGGGCAUGUGCGACUACAUAACAUUUCCAUUAGGUCAAGCUGGCUACUCCGCUUAUAAAUAUAUUCCUUACGGGCCAGUCAAUGAAGUUUUGCCAUAUUUAUCGCGAAGAGCACAGGAGAAUAAGGGUGUCCUUAAGAAAAUUCAAAAAGAGAAACGUUUGCUGAUCUCUGAAAUCCGUCGUAGAUUUUUGACUGGUAAAAUAUUCUACAAGCCGAAAGGAAAUUAUGUGCCCAUAUAAACAUGGACAAUUAUCAAAGUUGAUUGCACAAAUCGAAGCAAAAGCUCAUGUGCAUACAAAUGCACAUUCGAGAAAAUAAAGAGAGGAAUUCUUUUUUUUUUUUAAUGCAAUAAGACUUAGAAUCUCAAUACCAAAUAUAAAAUUCAAAUGAUAGUUUCGUUGCAUGAAAAAACAGAUCGAGUAAAUUUUUUUUUAUUGAUAAUUUGAAACACUAACUAAAUAACGAGAAUUGAUGUUACGGGAUUUACAUACACACACAUGCAUACAUAGUAGCAAAAAUACAAAAUCAAUGUAAUACCACUGACAAACGAAGCGAAAGUUGAGAUUUUGCAAAACAAUGCGCUUUCCGAGAAUAUGAAAAGUUGUUGGUGACAAUUUUGAUAUUAUUUUUUGAUUUUUAUUUUUCCAAGCAACAACAAAAAGCAAGCACACAGUUGUAUUUCUCAACUAAUGGGGAACAUGAAACGGCGUUAUAAAUUUGUGCCGAUAUUUAUAAGUAUGAGAAUGGACUAUGUUCAUCGUUACCGGAAGAUAUUAAGCGCCCACAUAAUUGAUUGUUGAGAUUUUUACUUCAAACUGUCAUUUAUUACCAUUUCGGCGGAAACAUUUUCGUUCGGAACUAACGUAAUUUUUAGGUUGAACAUUAUUAUCAAAAAAAUUCUUGUCUAACUAAGUAUUAUUAUUAAAUCGUUUAUGUUUCAACUCACACAAUACCGUAUAAAGAUAAUAAGUUAAUUUAGGAGCUAUGUAUACACGUGUGUCUUAUACCUCGUCCGAUUUCUUUAUAUGCUGAGAACUACAUCAAUUUCAUUAUGCUUCUCCCUAUUUGAUUGAAACAUGGAUAGAUUUAGAUGCAUAUAUGAACGAUACAUUGUGUGGGAGCCAUGUAUGUUCCAGUCAUCAGAUUCAUUCGGUUUUGAAAAUUAGUUAGCACAAUAUAAAAUAAAAAAAAAAAA